GCCCUCGACGCGCUAAAUCAGCCGCUCCGUGCGCGGACGACACGAAGGGCAGCGUGCUACAUCUGUAGGACAUCUGUAGGAACUCGUGCGCGGGUGUUCGCGCCGUCACAUCUUCUGCCUGGCACUGUCUGGCUGCCCCUGAACACAAAAACACAAAACACAAAUACAAAGGAAACACAACAACAAUGGGUGCCGCCGACGCGGAGGAGGAGGAGGAGUCCUACCAGCCCAUGGCGGCGGAGUCGCUGGUGCGCGACCCGGGCCUCAUCCUCGACCCGGACGAGCCGCUGACGGGCGACUUUUUGCGGAGCCUCUCGAAGCCGCAUUUGGCCAUGGCGCGCCUCGAGAUGACCUGGGGCCAGCGGGCCAACGUCGAGAAGUGGCAGAAGUACGCCACCGACGUGCAGCGCUGCUGGCGCGGCUUUCGACAAAGGUGGUACGGCGAAGUUAGGAAAGACGCGCGGGAUCAAAGGAGAGAGGCCCUCAAGUUCAUGACGCAGGCGCGCGUCAUUCUGGAGCGAAGGGACCCCGCCGAAUUGAAAGAAUGUCUGGAACUUUUAAAAUUUGCGGGGCGCAAGGAUCAUAGGUGUGGCGAGAUCUGGAGCCUGCGGGGCGAGGCGAGGUAUGCAUUGGGCGAGUUCCGGAAGGCGAGGGAGGCCUUCGCGACGGCCUUUGACUUGUUGCCGGAACGACGACGGCCCGUGUGCCAGCUGGGCGAGGCCCGCUGCGCGGCGGCCAUGGGCGAUUAUAGUGGAGCGAACGACAUUUUGGGCCUCAUGCUCGAGAAGGAGCACACGCACCGCAAGCCCGCGGACCUCGACGCGGCCGAGCGGCGGUUUCGCGCGAGCCUGACGGGCGAGGAGGCCGAGGCCGAGAUGGCCUUGCCCGAGGACGCGCCGGCGCCGCCCGCGACGGCCGCGAGUCGACACAAGUCGACGCGCGGCAGCAAGCGGCGCGCGCUCACGGCCUCGACGACGGCGCACGGCGACGCCGCCGACGACGCGCCGCGCCGGCGGGACGACGGCGGGCGCAGGACGCAGGACGCGGCGCGCGCGCUCCGCGAGACGCGGCGGAGGAGAGCAGUCGCCGGCGCGGACGCGCCCUUCGCGCACGCGCGCUUCCUGCGGGGCUGCGUGCGCGCGAAGCUGAGCGACUGGAGGGGUGCGGAGGUCGACUUCGAGAAGUACCUGGAAUAUGCGCCUCCGGAAUUACCGCCGCCGUCCAAGAUGCGGGCGCACUCGCGCGAGGAGGCGGACCUGGCGAACCAGCGCGCCCGGGCGUUAACGCUGUUGGGUGCGGCCCGCGGCUGCAACCGGAACUGGUCGGCGGCCGUCGCGCGGCUCACGGAAGGCGCGCAGAUCGAGCCCAACGCGACGCGCUGCGCUCUGCUGGGGCGGGUCCACGCGUGCGAGCGCCAGUGGUUGUUAGCGAUGGACCGGUAUCGCGACGCGCUCGACCUGGAUUCGACGUUGGAGCAGGCGCGCGUCGGCUUGGACCAGGUGCGCAUCAAGCACGAGCCGAUGCCGCUCGUCACCGGACUGAUUUGAAUCGUCGCGUGGACCUCAACGCCAUCGACGCGACGCCUGCUCGAUGGCGUACCCGGCGCACUGGUUGAUUUCCACACGGCUGCGC